UCCCAGGAGAAUGGAGGAAUAUAAGUUCGCCAACGACCCACUUCCUAACCCCAAGUCCGUCAUCUCUGGCCCACAGUACCGGUUCACGGUCCUCAACGAGCAUGUAUUAAGAUACGAAUGGGCCGAAGAUGGCCAAUUCGAAGAUCGUCCUUCAACCUUCGCCCUCUUUCGCAAAUUUCCUACACCCACAUUUCGCGUUCAGGACACGGAUGAUACUUUGAUCAUCAUUACGCCCUUGAUCCGCCUCACGUAUGACAAGAAACGAUUCUCGCCGGGAGGUCUAUUCGUCGAAUUCUCGAGCAAGCUCAAGGAUUGGGGUGCAUCUUGGCGUUUCGGUGAUAAUCUCGAAGGAUCGAAUCUGGGCGGCACCGCCAGGACGCUCGAUGGUAUCGACGGACGAUGUGACAUGGGUACGGGAGUACUCUCACGAGAUGGAUUCUCAACCAUCGAUGACUCGACAUCGAUGUUGUUCGAUGAGCUAGGCUUCGUGACGCCUAGACGAACCGGCGAUCGGAUCGAUGGCUAUCUUUUCAGCUUUGGCAACGACUACAAAGGCGCAAUGAGGUCGUUCUAUGCCAUCUCAGGCCCACAGCCCUCAGUACCACGAUGGUCUCUGGGUAAUUGGUGGAGUAGAUACCACGCCUAUACUCAAGAUGAGUACAUCAACCUGAUGAAAAAGUUCAAAGACAAUGACGUUCCUCUUUCGGUCGCGGUCAUCGAUAUGGACUGGCACUGGGUCAAGGAAGAUUUCGUAUCACAUGCAGGCUGGACAGGGUAUAGCUGGAACACGGACUUGUUUCCUAAGCCGGAAGAAUUCGCCAAAGCGCUGCAUGACAUGGAUCUGAAGAUUACCUUGAAUGACCACCCUCAUGCCGGAAUCGCUUCCCACGAGGAAAUUUAUGAAGAAGUGUCCAAGGUCCUCGGCCACGACACGAGCAACAAAGACCCAGUACCUUUCGACCCGACCUCGCCGACUUUCAUGCAUGCUUUCUUCAAUGUUGUGCAUCGCAGCUUGGAGAAGAAAGGCUGUGACUUCUGGUGGGUCGAUUGGCAGCAAGGCUCGAACACACGUAUACCUGGAUUAGAUCCGCUCUGGCUACUCAAUCACUUCCAAUUCCUCGACACGAAGAAAGCAAUUCCAAGCUCUCUGCCCUUGGUAUUCUCGCGUUAUGCUGGGCCAGGCAGUCAUCGUUAUCCGGUCGGAUUCUCUGGUGACAGCUUUGCAACGUGGGACUCGCUCAAAUUCCAGCCCGAGUUUACAGCGACUGCUUCGAACAUCGGUUAUGGGUGGUGGAGCCAUGACAUCGGCGGGCAUCUGCCUGGAUUCCGCGACGACGAGUGCACAGCCCGAUGGGUACAAUAUGGCGCAUUCUCACCGAUUCUACGAUUGCACUCGGCAAACACUCGUUGGAUGUCGAAAGAACCAUGGCUCUACCGCGAUGAGUCCAUGUCAGCAAUGAAAGAUAUAAUGCGAUUCCGUCAUCGCCUUGUCCCUUAUAUAUAUUCGAUCAGUGCUGCAGAUUCUUCAUUGCCAUUCGUACAGCCUUUAUACUGGAGUCAUCCCGACGCUGACGUUGCGUAUCAAUUCCCAAACCAGUACUACUUUGGGCCCUCGAUGGUCGUGGCACCUGUCGUCUCUCCCCGGGAUCCGAGAACAAAUCUAGCAGAGGUCAAGGCCUGGGUACCGCCAGGCAGACACGUAGACAUCUUCACAGGCAUCGUGUAUGACGGGAACCGGAAGCUCAAUCUUUACCGUGGUCUGAAUGACGUUCCCGUCCUUCUUCCAGCUGGAUCGAUCGUGCCUUUGGACGCGGCGUUGGUGCCAAGCAAUGGAUGCAAGAAUCCCACAGAGAUUGAACUUCUUGUUGUCGUUGGCCAGGAUGGCCAUUUCGAGCUUCUCGAGGACAGAGUCGACGAUGCUGCGGGCGCGGCAGCACAUUCUACCCACUACUCGACCAAGUUUAUUUGGAAUCAAUCGAAAGGCCAGCUUUCCUGCGAAGGCAGGGCCAUGAACUGGACUUUCCGAUUCAUUGCAGCUCGAACUAACACCAUCAAGGUAUUCAUCGACGGUGAGCUUACAACUACAAGAUCCGAUCUCCUUGAGACCGAGGGAAACCCAGCAAGUGUCAUUGUGAGAGUUCCCGCUUCGUCAAACAGAGCGACCAUCAAGACCGUGAUUGCUUUAGAUCCCGACACUCAAUUACAGCGUAUUGACCACAUGGCGACCUUGAGUGACUUGCUGAGGGAUUAUCAAGUCCACGUUCACCAGAAGGAAGCGAUCUGGAAGAUCUUGGAAUCGUCGCAAGGGACGACAGUCAAAGUUGGCGAGCUUCUCAACCUGGGUCUGGACAAGGCGAUCAUUGGGCCCAUCAUGGAGCGCCUGCUCGCAGAUAGUCGCAAAAGCGAUACUGUGAGCGAGUGAUAAUGAUGGCUAUGCACAAGAGCCCUCCAGCGGAUGGUUGUCUGAAUA